AUCAUUGUAAUGGCACGAACAUUAUUAUGCAAAAUAUAAGAACCAAAAGGUAGAAAGAAAAAAAAAUCAGAGAUAGAGAGAGAAAAACAACUUUGCAAAAGAUAAGAUGAUAUACACUUCAUCCCUUAGAAGUCCAAAGAAAGAAGAGCAUGAAGUACCACAAAUUAUCACUCCAACACUACCAAACUUCAACAAAUCUUACACUCGUGAAGAUUUCUAUAUUUUCGACGAACUUGAAGAGUACUUGAACGAAGAAGACGAACAAAAGUUAUCGCCACAAAACACUUGUAAUAGUAGUAUUGAGGUUCAUUGGGAUUUAAUGGAAUGGGAGGAAUUUUCCUUUGUUGAAGGGAAAUAUGAGAACAUAAGCAAAUGUAAUAUUGAUGAGAAGAAGAUUAUAAAGAGAGAAAAUUACAAUGAUGGAUUUUGGGAAGUGGAUGAUGAAAAGAGUGUGGCUUUGAAUUUGAAUUUGAACUAUCAAGAGGUUUUGGAUGCAUGGUCUGACCGUGGUUCACUAUGGGCUGAUGAUUGUUCUCUUAAUUCAUUGUCCUCUUCCAAUAAUUGCUCCUAUAUGGGAGAAGUGCCAAUAUUGGAAGAAGAAAGAGCAAGAAGAGAAGCAAGUGUUCUUAGGUACAAAGAAAAACGUCAGAACAGAUUGUUUUCCAAGAAGAUAAGAUACCAAGUUCGGAAAUUAAACGCUGAUAAAAGACCAAGAAUCAAGGGACGCUUUGUGAAGAGACACUAAAGGUCACUCAGUCAAGAGAAAUAUCUCAAUCCCAAAAUAUCUUCCAAAAAUAUCUAAGGCCACUCCUCUACUUGUAUUUUUAAUUAUAUUUUAAUAUAUUUUUGUAUUUAUCCAUUCAAAUUAUCUUUCUCUUCCUAAAGAAUUGGAAGAGAAUGAAUUCAACUAACGAUAUAUAUCUACUUCUAAAUUCUAAUAUAUGGAUCAAAUUCCUUAUGAUUUUUAAA